AUGUCAACAAUAGACAUUGGAGCUCACACAGUGGCACAAUUAUUUCAACUAGAACAAGAUUUUCAAUUUUUAACAUUUGACAAUUCAGUAGCAUUAGAAUUGGGCUUAUUAAUUUUAAAAACCGCACAACAAAAAGGACUUUCGGUUGUAAUUUCUAUCAUGAUGAAUCAACAUCUUUUAUUUCACUAUUCAAUGCCUGGAACAAAACCUAUUGACGUGGAAUCAUCAAGAAGAAAAGCCAAUGUUGUAAAUGAUUAUCAUCACUCAUCAUUAUAUGUAAAAGAGUCUUUAAAACAAACCAAGAAAAUUGCUAUUGAAGAUGAUGAUGAUUUCAAUAUUAAUAAAAAAGACUAUUUAAUUAGCGGAGGAGCAUUCCCGUUAAUUAUUAAAGGAGUUGGUGUAGUUGGAUCAGUCACAGUCAGUGGAUAUUCAUGCCUUGAAAAUCAUGAAAUUGUGGUUUCAUCAUUAAAAGAAUUUUUUGGAUUAGAAAAAGAAGGAAAGAACAAAGUUGAAUAA